AUGAAUUGGGAUUCAUCCGGAGGAGAGGCACGAGACGGUGUUCCACAGCCGCACUCGCAGGCUACUGAACUGCGUCGGCAGGUCGAUCACGGCUUCGUGGAAACAAUCACUGAGGGGUGGAUGGUAAUAUACAUGGCUCGUCUGCUUGUGUUUAGCCGGAAUGUGGGGAAACACCUACAGCACCUCCGCCGGGCGCUGCAACUACUGCGUGAGGCGCAGUGGUCCGUGGAAGCGCAAAACUGUUUGUUUUUCAUGCAAACAAUCAGUUGUUCAGGGUCUCGUGUCUCUGCAGCAGGCGUUGAACCAGAUCCGGCUAAGAUCGGAGCGAUUCAGAGGUGGCUGCCACCGCUGCACAUGCGGACGGACGUUCAGAAGUUCCUCGGGCGCGCCUCUUACCACCGCAAUUCCAUUCCUGAAUUCGCUCGUAUUGCCGCCCCUCUAGCUGAUCUUCUUAAGAAGAACAAGCAGUUUAUUUGGACGGACAACAAGGAAGAAGCAACCCGACGCCUCAUCGGGCACCUGAGAUCAUCCCCAGUGCUCGCGGUCGCUGAUUUUGACAAACCCUUCUUGCUCACGACCGAUGCCAGCGACAGUGCAGUCGAGGUUAUGCUCUCUCGGCAGGCUAACAGCUCGAAACGGCACAAAACCGUUGCUUUCUACCCACAUCCUUUCACAGAGAGGAAGCAAAAGUUUCCGGUCACGGAAAAGGAGCUCUACUCGGCCUGGUGGGCAGUCAAAAAGUAUUGGCUUUACCUGUACGACAGGCAGUCUACGGUCCAAACCGACCAUCAAUCACUGACACAUCUGACAAAGAGUUUUCAAGACUACGAUAACGAAAGAAUUGUUCGGUGGCUCUCCAAGCUCGCGCAGUAUGACUUCACCGUCGAGUAUAUCAAGGGUAUCACCAACGUGGUCGCCAACGCACUCUCCAGACGCCCUACAGGUCAGGCAACAUGGUCUGCAACUGUAUUUGUCUGUGAUGGUUCUCGCUUUCUCUCCAAAUUGCUUCCAUCUUACUCCUUAGAUACCCAAGUGGUUGCUGUCCUAACUAGGGCAACGGGUCGAACACUACAGAAUCGAUGGCUAUCUCCUGUGGUACCAAACGAAGCGUGA